AUGAAGGCAUUCGUGGCGGUUCUUGCUCUAGUAGCAGCUGUGGCAGGUGACGUGUCAAUCCAGCAGCCCAAUUCGCAUCUUCAACCUCCGGUUGAACAUCAUACCUCGAAUAACUUUAACGCUCCGUGGGUGAAGGAAAACGCAUGGAGACCAGCUGCAGAUCCUAAUCAACCGAUUCAUGUCCCUCAGCAAAGUUCCUAUUAUACAGAAGUGCAGCAUGGCAACAAUAAUCAGGCAUAUCAGCAAGAACAGCAGCAGUAUCAGCCUCAUCAACAGAUCGACGUCGCUCAGCAAACUUCCUACGCUACAGUUCAGCAUGGCACCAAUAGCCAGAACUGUCAGCAAGAUCAGCAGCAGUAUCAGCCUGAUCAACAGAUCGACGUCGCCCAGCAAAGUUCCUAUUACGCUCCAGAACAGCAUGGCAGCAAUAAUCAGGGCUAUCAGCAACAGCAUCAUCACCAUCAAGAACAGCAUCAGCAGCAAGGUCAUUAUCAAAACCACAACGCUCCAUCAUCCGUUGCCGUUCAGGUAACUCAUCCCGAUUGGGCAACGUCGUUCUCCAACGUCAACCGGUACAACACGUACUGGCCAGCCGCUCCUGUUGCUCCAGUUAUGAUCGCUCCAGUCCCAUUUAUGCCCGCCGCUAAUGUCUUCACUGCUCCAGCACCGUUCUCCAAACCCACCCAAGCACCCGUGGCCGUCUACAACAACAAUGUAGCCAAAUGGAACCCAUGGAACAACAACCAACACUCGCACCGCCACCACCACCAGCCCUCGCACGAUAUCGCCAAAGUGCCACAUUCGGUCGCCAAGUACGUUGCCAUCACACCCGGAUCGAUCCACAUUGCCCCACUGCCGGGACAUACGGUUUCGCACAAGUUCGUGAACCCCGGUGGAAGCUGGUAAUGACACCGAAACGAGAACCACUUUGGAGUGAUUGUGACAUGCAUACGUAAAUCGACGAAUUGUUGACUAGUUGUAAUAAAUCGAAAAUGUGUUGAAAAGUG